AUGAACAGGCCAAUUGCCAUUAUCGGAAUUGCCUUUAGGGGUCCUGGUGAUGCUCGGGACCCCGAGGCUUUCUAUCGUAUGCUCGUUGAGGGCUGCAGUGCACGAACUGAGAUCCCAAAAGAUCGUUACAACGUCGAUGCAUUCUAUCACCCUGACUCAGAGCGGUUAGGCAGCAUCCAACAAAGACAUGCUCACUUUAUACAACAAGACUUCAAAUCAUUUGAUGCACCCUUCUUCAGUAUCACACCAAAAGAGGCCAAAGCCAUGGAUCCGACACACCGCAUCCUCCUGGAAGCCACCUAUGAAGGCUUCGAAAAUGCAGGCCUGAGUCUAGACCAGGUGUCUGGAACUCAGACUUCGUGCUACAUCGGAACUUUCACAGCUGAUUUUCCGAAUUUGCAAGCUCGCGACAAUGAGGGCCCUUCAAUCUACCAUGCAACUGGCAUGUCAUCAUCUUUGGCUUCCAAUAGGUUGUCGUGGUUCUACAAUUUGAGAGGGCCUUCCCUCACAGUUGAUACGGCUUGCUCAUCCAGUCUCACUGCAUUUCAUUUAGCAUGUCAAAGUCUUCGUACAGGAGAGGCUGAGAUGAGUGUUGUCGGCGGAGCCAAUCUUAUGUUUGGGCCUGAUAUGUCUAUUCUUUUAGGAGCAGCCAAGAUUCUGUCGCCUGAAGGAAAGAGUAAGAUGUGGGAUGCAAAUGCAGACGGCUUUGCCCGUGGAGAAGGCUUUGGUGUGACAAUAUUGAAGCCUCUAGAUACAGCUCUACGCGAUGGCGAUACUAUCCGAGCGGUCGUCCUGGCUACAGCCACUAACGAAGAUGGCCAUACACCUGGAAUCUCACUACCUAACAGUGAAGCGCAACAAGACUUGAUCCGCAGGGCGUAUCAAAUGGCUGGGGUAGAUCCAGCAGAGACAGGCUAUGUCGAAGCUCAUGGAACCGGAACGAUGGCAGGUGACCCAUUGGAAGCCAAGGCUAUCUUAAAGACCGUCGGAUCAGUCAAAGGCCGCAAAUCAAGUCUUUAUGUUGGAUCCGUAAAGACAAACAUCGGCCAUCUUGAAGGUGCAGCUGGUGUAGCUGGUGUCAUAAAAGCUGCACUAGCCGUAGAGCGAGGUCUCAUACCUCAAAAUCUUUGGUUUGAAAAGCUAAAUCCUGAGAUCAAUCUACCGGAAAAUGUCGAAAUACCAUUGAAGCUUACACCGUGGCCAUCUGAUGGACCACGUCGUGCGAGUAUCAAUAGCUUUGGUUUUGGCGGCGCCAACGCUCACGUCAUUCUUGAGGACGCAGCAUCGUUCUUGUCACGUCAUGGUCUGAAGGGUCGGCAUGCAACAGCACCGCAUCCUUAUAUCACUAUGAGCGAAAGCUACUCCGAUGGCACCUCCAGUAGAUCGUCAAGUUCAAUCGCCGACGAGAAUUCAAGUGGCGGCUCGAGCGAUGCUGCAAGUGAUAUAUCCAGCGAAAUCUUGCACGACCUACCACCUACACCAAAGCUAUUUAUAAUUUCUGCCAACGACCAAGAGGGGGUGCGGCGUAAUGUCGAGCGGUUGCAACAUUAUCUCUCCGCGAAGACUGCUGCUACUCCCACAUUUCUUAGCGACUUAGCAUUUACACUAAGCGCCAAACGAAGUCUAUUUCCAUGGAAAUCAUAUGCCGUCUCAUCGAAGGUCUCCGAAUUGAAUGAGAGGUUGUCCAGCCUUGCACCCGUGGUUCGCUCUUCCAGUUCUGCAAUCCCACGCAUUGCCUUUGUGUUCACUGGUCAAGGCGCACAGUGGCAUGCAAUGGGCAAAGGGCUAUCAAUUCAUCCAGCAUAUUUUGAAAGUAUGCAGAGAUCUGAGACCCUACUCAAAUCUUUUGGUUGCCCAUGGAGCCUCAAUGAGGAACUGAGCCGGACGGAGGCUGAGUGCAAGUUGCGGGAGACUGACUACAGCCAGCCAGUAUGUACCGCUAUCCAGGUUGCACUAGUAGACUUGUUGAGAGAUUUUGGAGUAAAUCCCAUUGCAGUUGUAGGUCAUUCGAGUGGCGAGAUCGCUGCUGCAUAUGCCGCUGGCUUCAUCGAUCAAGAGGCUGCGAUCAAGAUUGCGUGGCUGAGAGGCCAAGUCAGUAAAACUGUGCCCACCAACGGCGGUAUGUUGGCAGUCUCUGCCAGCGCCGAGAGCGUACAAACCUACAUUGAUGGCCUGAAAAACGGUAGAGCGGUUGUUGGAUGCUUCAACUCUACCAAAGCCUGCACCAUCACCGGCGAUGAUUCAGCCAUCAGCGAGCUACAAAGCAUACUGAAAGACGCGCAAAUACCAUGCACCCGGCUACCUAUAGAUAUUGCGUACCAUUCGUUCCAUAUGGAAGUAGCACGCGAAGUAUAUGAAAGAGCUUUAGAGGGCAUUGCGCACGGCUCGACAUCAACUAUUCCUAUGUUCUCUUCAGUCUCAGGCACACUUGUUACACCCGGAAUGAUGAAACCAUCUUACUGGGUUGACAACCUAGUAUCUCCUGUCGAUUUCGUCACGGCCACAAAGUGUCUACUGAACCAUCCACUUGAGAGUAAAUCGCGCAAAGCCUUCGCCAACGUCUUCGUCGAGCUGGGCCCGCACUCAGCAUUGCGCAGCUACUUGCUAGAUAUUUCCGGCAGUGAGAAGAUUGCCACAGAUCUUACCUACACAAAUAUCCUCCGCCGCAAUUUUAAUGGCGCUACCACUGCGCUGGAAGCCAUGGGCCAUCUGUGGUCACAAGGAUACCCCGUCGAUCUGAACAAGAUCAAUGGUGUACGACUCGAAGAUGCCAACAUGCUAGUUGAUCUGCCUCCUUAUGCUUGGAACCAUAAGCCAUACUGGAAUGAAUCACAUCUAAGCCGACAGUAUCGCCUUCGUGAAAAGCCACGCACCGACCUCCUAGGUUAUCGACUUCCCGGAGCGCCCGAACACGCAUGGCGCAACUUCUUGCGAUGCAACGAAAACCCAUGGAUUCGUGAGCACAAAGUCCAGGGCGACAUCCUCUACCCUGGUGCAGGUAUGCUCGUGAUGGCUAUUGAGGCUGCGUACCAAAUAGCCCAAGAAACUGCUGUUGAUGAGGUACAUGGCUUCGAAUUGCGCGACGUCAGUAUCGAUACUGCUCUUCGUGUGCCGGACACAGAGAUGGGUAUUGAAGUCAUGACACAGCUGCACAAUCGCCGUACAGGAACACGGGCAGCGCCAUCAUCUACACUUUACGAAUUCACAAUCUCUUCGUGGAACGAAGAAAUGUCUUCCUGGAGUGCUCAUGCACGAGGUCUGAUCUCAAUCACCUACAAGACUUUCUCCACUGCGAUGGAGAGCGAGCUGACUCUUGAGAACGUGCGCUAUAUGACGUCGAUGGUUGAAGCCCGAAAGGCGUGCCAGAAGCCAGCGAGAAGCUUCCUUUACGAUACAGUCGAGACGAUCGGUAUGCAGUACGGUCCAACUUUCCGCAACAUGACCGAGCUUUAUGCUGGCCUGAAUGCCAGUUAUGGAGUCAUCAAAGUGCCUGAUACCAAGGCAGUUAUGCCCAAGGGCUACGAGUUCCCUCAUGUCAUUCAUCCUGCCACGCUGGACUCAGUGCUUCACUUACUGUUUCCAAGCAUCUCUGGAAAGGAGCAAGCACUCAGAGAAGCAGUAGUGCCGAGGUCCUUUGAUCGCAUUUUCAUUUCAGCCAACACUCCGAAGGUGGCGGGUACCGAGCUUCACGGUUGUUCAACAGCAAAGAAGCUAAGCUAUACGACAUGGAAUGCCGACAUCAUCAUAUCCGAAUCAAGCAUGUUGGAGCCUAUCAUCGUCAUGGAGGGUUUAGUACUCGCAUCUGUUGGCUCCACCGAAGAUAUGUCGAAGCGACUGGAAACACGCGCAUCAUGCUUUGCACAGAACUGGCAUAUGGAUGCUGACUUGCUGACUCCAUCACAAAUCAAAGGAACAAUCUACAAGCGAACUUUGAAGAGCAAGGACGAUGAUUCGGUGCUCGAUCUUCUAGAAUUCAUUUGCCUGGUAUACAUCUACCGCGUCCUCGAUUGGUUUGAGAGUGAACAGGGCAAAGCACACGAGCCACAAGAUGGCUUUUGGAAGCUGUACGUGGAUUGGAUGCAUGACCAGGUUAAGCAAUUCCCUCCGCUACCUGCAGACGUCGAAGGUGAGAUGCAACGGGCCCGCGAGCGCAUCGGAAGAUCAGAGAGUGGCGAUAUCACGGUGCAAAUGGUGGACCGCAUCGGACAAAACCUUUCUCGCAUCUUCACACACGAGGUCGAAGCUUUGCAAUGCAUGACUGAAGGUGAUCUCCUCUACGCCUUCUACCGGGGUGCAUUCGGCACAAGCUUCAACACCAAUGUUGCUGAAUACGUUGGCCUGCUAGCUGAUAAGCGACCUGGACUGCGCAUCUUGGAAAUUGGUGCGGGAACAGGCGGUACCACGUAUCAUGUCUUGGAACGUCUGCGCAAUCCUGACGGCAGCUCCAAAGCAGCCCAGUAUUACUUCACAGACAUCUCUCCCGGGUUCCUUGCCAAAGCAGCCGACCGAUUCGAUAAAGACGCUUCCAUCAUGCAGUUUGGUACACUCAACAUUGAAAACCCACCGACAGAGCAAGGAUUCAGCACUGAGUCGUUCGACCUUAUCGUAUGUGCCAAUGUGCUUCACGCAACCAAGAGCACUCAAGAAACGUUGGAACACUGCAAGUCGCUCCUGAAGCCUGGAGGUCAUCUCGUCCUGUCCGAGGUAACCAUCAAGCGCAUCUUCUCGGGCUUCAUCAUGGGUCCUUUGCCUGGAUGGUGGUUAGGAGAAGCCGAUGGUCGGAAGGGAGGUCCGCUCCUCGAUGCCGAAGAAUGGAACGUCGCAUUGAAAUCGGCUGGAUUCUCCGGUGUCGAUGUUGAUGUUCGCGGCGAUAGAGAUACUUCCAAAGAACCUGUUUCGCUGAUCAUCUCAACAAAGCCGGAAACUUCAGUCGCAUCUCUGCCUCCUUGCCUUAUCAUCACCACUGGCACCGAAGUAUCUCAAAAGCUUGCCAACCAUAUGAAAGAGGCGUUCACUUCGUCUGAUCAUGAAGUUGACAUUGCUCAGUGGGGAAUUAUUACGAGGACAAGCGUAGCUGGGAAGUACUGCCUCUGCCUUGCGGAGUGGGAGAAUCCUGUACUAGCCAAUCUCACAGACGACGACUGGGAAAGAGUUCGCGAGGUUAUUCUUUCCUCUGAGGGAUCCCUUUGGAUCACUGGUGGCGGUGCUCUCGAUACCACGCACCCUCUUAACAGCCUCAUGGUCGGACUAGCGAGGGCUAUCCGCAAUGAGAAUGCCGGUGUAAGCCUUGCAUGUCUCGAUCUAGAGGCGCCCUCAACUAUCGACUUUGAAAAGGCAUCUCGGACUAUACUGAAGGUUGCCGAGGCACAUGUCCGAAGCGACGGUACGGAGGGUGAGUUCGCUGCACGCGGUGAAACUGUCUUUAUUCCCCGUGUGGAGCGAACACUGGAAAUGGAUGCAUCACUGCGCAAAUACGAAGCAAAGGGAGAUCCCGAGAUGGUUUCUUUCAUGGGAUGCGGUCGCCCCCUCAAAUUGACUAUCAAGACACCUGGGCUGCUUGACACAUUCCAGUGGGAAGAAGAUGAGACGUAUCACACGCCUCUGCCCGAUGAUUGGAUCGAGAUCGAGGUGAAGGCAGUCGGCCUAAACUUCAAGGAUGUGCUCGUUGCGCUGGGUAACCUGGCCGAGAACAAACUGGGCGUCGACGCUUCGGGAGUCGUCACUCGCGUCGGAUCGGCUGUCACAGAUCUCAAGGUAGGAGAUAAGGUCAUGACAGCAUCGUGCGAUACCUUUGCCACCUACGUCCGCUUCCCUGCCAAGGGCGCGAUUCCCGUACCCUCUGGCAUGAGCUUCGAGGAAGCCGCGUCGAUGCCUCUCAUUUUCUUGACAGCCUAUUACUCGUUGGUUACUGCGGGUGGUAUUGUGGCUGGCGAGACAAUUUUGAUCCAUGCUGCUGCUGGCGGUGUUGGACAAGCAGCCAUCAUGAUUGCACAAGCCAAGGGUGCUGAGGUCUUUGCAACAGUCGGCGCGUACAGCAAGAAACAACUCCUCAUGGAACAGUAUGGCAUCCCCGAAGACCACAUUUUCAGCAGUCGCGAUACCAGCUUCGUCAAAGCAGUACUGCGUGCUACGAAUGGUCGCGGCGUUGAUUUGGUACUGAAUUCAUUGGCCGGCGAAGCCCUGCGCCUGUCGUGGACUGACUGCCUGGCAAACUUCGGUCGAUUUCUGGAGAUUGGAAAGGCAGACUUGUUCGCCAACACCGGACUUGACAUGAAGCCACUCUUGGACAACAAGAGCUAUAUUGGUGUAAACCUUCUCGAGUUUGAGAACAAUCCAACGCCUCGAGCAAUUGCGCUAUGGAAUGACACGGCGAAGCUGAUUCAAGAGAGGUCCAUUAAGCCUAUUUCGCCGCUCCAGAUCUUCACCAUGUCUGAGGUGGAGAAAGCUUUCCGCCACAUGCAGGCAGGAAAGCACAUGGGCAAGGUUGUUGUUCGUGUCGACAAGGCAGAUGUCGUUCGUGCCGUGCCACGCAUCCCACGCAUUCGCAUACACUCUGCUGGUACCUACAUCAUUGCCGGCUUAGGCGGCAUCACGCGUGAGAUUGCACGCUGGCUCGCUGAAAAGGGCGCACAACAUCUGGUUUUCCUUUCUCGCUCUGCAGCCAGUGGGGUGGACAAUCAAGCCUUCGCCUCGCAGCUUAGGAAUACGUACAACGCCAACGUCUUGGCCUAUGAUUGUGACGUUGCCAACAAAGCAGCUUUGCAAAGAGUCCUCGAUGACUUGAAGGCUAAGGGAUUGCCACCCAUCAAAGGAUGUGCAACUGGCGCCAUGGUGUUGCAAGACACCCUCUUUGACAAGAUGACCGCCGAUAACGUCCGCACAACAGUCGGCCCCAAGGUUCACGGUACUUGGAACCUACACGAACUUCUGCCGCGCGAUAUGGACUUCUUCGUGAUGUUGUCCUCAUUGGCUGGCGUCAUGGGCCAUCGCGGACAGGGUAACUAUGGGUGCGGUAAUAACUUCCAGGACGAGUUUGCCACAUUCAGGCGAGGUCUGGGACUCCCUGCCACGACCAUCGAUAUAGGAUACCUCUUGUCGGUGGGAUUUGUUGCUGAACAUGAUGAAUACGUCGACCACGUCAAAGCAAUGGGACUCAAGGUCAUGCAAACGUCCGACUUGCAUGGACUGCUAGCAACAGCCAUCGAAGGCCCUUCCAAGCACCCGGGCCAGGUCAUGUGCGGUCUGCCGUUCAAUGAGCAUGACGAUGCAUGGUACUGGAUAUGCGAUGCUCGAUUCGGUGCUCUGCGAAACCUCGCCGCUGGAACUUCGGCCAACAAGGGGCAAGUUGUCUCGCUGCGUGAAGAGUUGAUCCGAUGUGGCACCAUCAGCGAAGAAGCUGUUCAGAUUAUCACAAAAGCUAUGGUGCAGAGACUAGCAAGUUUGAUGAUGACACCCGAGGAGGACAUUGAUGCGGGUAAGCCGCUGAGCGCGUAUGGUGUUGAUAGUCUUGUGGCUGUCGAGGUGAGGAACUGGAUCGCCCGCGAGAUGGCUGUUGAGUGCUCCGUUUUCGACAUUAUGCAAAAUAUUCCAAUGACGCAGCUGGCCUGCAAUUUGGCGGAGAAGAGUAAGCUACUCGUUGAGCGAGCCUGA